UCGCUUCUCAAUACUUAAAAAUUGUAAAAAUUAUCAUAGUAAUUCUUCUUAAACUAUUAUAUUCUAUUAUGGAUUAUGAGUUAUUGCACAACUAUCCAUUGAUGUUGGAUAUAUUGUGUGAGCCGCAGAGCAUUAGUCCUGCGCACUCGGAUGUGUCCAACGGCAGCGAAUCGGGCAAGCCACGACAAGAAGUAAAUGCACGGGAGCGUAGCCGUACACAAAGGUUUGUUAAUUCCGCCUUUACAACGCUGCGCAGCUUGAUACCGACCGAACCGGGUGAUCGUAAAUUAUCAAAGAUCGAAAUAUUGCGACUGGCUAAGAGUUACAUAGCGCAUCUAGAUGCCGUUAUAAUGACGGGCAAUAGCGACAGACCGUGUGCAAAUUAUACCAGUCAACAUCGAUGCGAAAGUAUGAUGUCCAGCGACAAACCCAGAUCAACUAUUUGCACAUUUUGCGCAACUUUAAGCACAAACAAAAGUUAGUCGAAGCAGCAGAUAUUUUAAAGGGCACAUAUGGAAGAAAAUGUGUAUAAGUGUACAUGCUUACAUUAAAAAUAUUGCUCAUAUAUCACACAUUUAAUAUAUAUGUACCUACAUAUAUAGAUAUGAGCUUAUUUUUAAUAUAUUUUUUAUUAUAAUCAAUAAAAGAAUAGUACUAAAGUGGCUCUUCAAUAUCUGUCAAAUUAAAAUAAAUAAAUAAAGCGAACAAGGCAGAAAGGGGAUAACAAAUAUUU